AUGGCUGCACUUACACCUGCUCUUAUACAUGUAAUAACAUCUGCUAGUACAUAUUCACUUACACCAUCACAGGCACCAGAACUUACCCUGAACUUACACCUACACUUAAACCUACACUUACACCUACACUUACACCUACACUUACACCUAUACGUGAAAUUACAUCAUCAUAAACAUCUACAAUACAUUUACAGCAACAUAUACACCAGAACUUACAUCUGUACUCACAUCUUCACUGACACUAUCAAAAACACCAGAACGUACACCUGCACUGACACCAUUACAUACGUCUACACAUACACCUGCAACAUCAGCCUUACUUUCACCUGCACUGACACCAUCACAUACGUCUACACAUACACCUGCAACAACAGCCUUACUUACACCUGCACUUACACCAUCACAUACGUCUACACAUACACCUGCAACAACAACCUUACUUACACCUGCACUUACACCAUCACAUACGUCUACACAUACACCUGCAACAACAGCCUUACUUACACAUGCACUUACACCAUCACAUACGUCUACACAUACACCUGCAACAACAGCCUUACUUACACCUGCACUUACACCAUCACAUACGUCUACACAUACACCUGCAACAACAGCCUUACUUACACCUGCACUUACACCAUCACAUACGUCUACACAUAUACCUGCAACCACAGCCUUACUUACACCUGCACUUACACCAUCACAUACGUCUACACAUACACCUGCAACCACAGCCUUACUUACACCUGCACUUACACCAUCACAUACGUCUACACAUACACCUGCAACAACAGCCUUACUUACACCUGCACUUACACCAUUACAUACGUCUACACAUACACCUGCAACAACAGCCUUACUUACACCUGCACUUACACCAUCACAUACGUCUACACAUACACCUGCAACAACAGCCUUACUUACACCUGCACUUACACCAUUACAUACGUCUACACAUACAUCUGCAACAACAGCCUUACUUACACCUGCACUUACACCAUUACAUACGUCUACACAUACACCUGCAACAACAGCCUUACUUACACCUGCACUUACAAUUACGCCAUAACAUACGUCUACAACACACCUGCACCAACAGCCUCACUUACGCCUGUUCUUACACCAUCACAUCACUUACACCUGCACUUGCAAUGA